UCUCUCGUUUUUUCUAUAGGCAAGGGGGGAGGAUUCCUCACAAGCAGCCAAAAAUGUCAACCAAAUUACUGCUUAGAACUGCCAGUUCUUUAGCGUUAAGUUGCAAAUGUUUAACGGGGCGUUAUUUAAUUCCUCUUACACUCGAUUCAAAAGCGUUUGGAAGCUUGUCUUUAUCAACAGUUAAUGCAAAAGAGAACAACAAGUUGUUCAGCAGGCAGUUUAGUUCUAUGACUGUAAAACAUGAUUGGAACAAACGUAACACAUCCUUGAAGGUUAAAUCAGUUGCAGCUGGAAAAAUAGAUUUUCAAAGGUUCUUCAACAAAGACCACAACAAGAGUAAUGAUGCAUCAAGUAACAAAGUAACAGACCAAACUAAACCAGAGCAGCUCAAGUUACUUAUUGCCCAAUAUGGAGGAUUUGCCGGUGUAGUACACAUUGUUCUUUCUCUGACUUCGUUGGGGUUUUUCUAUUUGCUUGUUUCAAGUGGCAUUGAUGUUGUAGCUAUAUUCGGAAAGAUGGGAAUUGAAUUGUCAUCAACAUUAGGUGGAGCAUCCAACCUGUUGAUAGCUUACACAUUACACAAGGUUAUAAUGCCGCUCCGAAUCAGUUUGACUGUGGUAACUGUUCCCAUGUUAGUCCGUUACUUUCGAAGAAUUGGUUAUUUUAAGAAGUAAUACUAAAUUUCUGGAACAUUCUAUGCUGCAAAUUAGCAUACCGAAACUUCAUUGGUAAUUUGCUACCGGAAGGUUGAGUGUAAGCAGAAUGCACUGCCUUGAAGUUUAUUGAGUUCAUCCCUUAAUUUUAUAAUGAAGGCCAAAGUUUAUGUUUUAUAGUACUAAUAGACUAAAACUUCUGUGAGUGUACAUUUAUAAUGAAGAAAUACUUAUGCUGACAUUUUGUUUGUAAUAUAUUUCAAUGUAGAUGUGUUGUUUGCUAAUCUUGCAUUAUAUAUUUAUAGCCUAGAAAUUUUAAAAUGACGUUAGACAUAUAGAGGGAAUACUAGUGGACAAGUGUUUUUUUGGAACUUCAACAAUUAAUUUCGUUACCAAACUAAAAAAUAUGAAUGCGUUGAGGUGAUAACGUGAUAUUAUGAACAAGUGUUGUCGUACCUGUGUAGUUUGUUGAAACGAGUAUACAACUGAACGAUGAGACGUCGACGCCAGGAAUCCGUUCGGCAGCCCUAAACCAUUAACUCAAAAUCACAUAUUGACGACAAAGAACCAACAUUUAUUAACCCAGUGAAGACCGAUGUUUUUAAGAAACGGUAGAAAAGAGUGAAAUUAUUGACUAAUCUGCACAAGCGAAAGAUGCGGCCGUCCAGUGUUGGUUUACGGCGAGAACACAAAAUGCACCACCAUCCGCACAAUUGUCUAACCUCUAACGUCUUCCGCUAAUUUGAUUCAAAGCAAACACGAGUAGCUAUUGCUCAAGAAAUCUUAAAAUAACUCCAGUUCUGGGUCGUGUAAAAGAUGAAAGAUUUCUCUUCGUAAACCUUAUGGGGCGACCAGCACUAAAACUGGAGAAACAAAAUCUUUGUCUGUUCUCCAUAACCGAUAAUAAACCACGUUGUUGAACUGUAAGAAUAUUGUAACAUAUGUUUGUUCUAUUAUCAAAUGGGUACCCAUAAAUAGAUAUUUUAACGUCCCGUCUUCCA